UCUUAUCUGAGGGGCGUGGUUCAGGGGUGCGACGGGUCAGAUACCACGGGCCAAAAUCCAAUGUCGUCUGAAUUUCAAUUCUUGCCAUGACCUUCAAUCAACGCCCAAGCGAUCUUCGCUGAGAACCAGAACAACGCCAUCUGAUUUGCCGAGCAAUUCAAUGUCGAGCACGUCGCUGACUGCCAGGGGCGGUCUCGUGCUGACCGGCAUCGUCGCUGUCCUGACCGCCCUCUACUACUUCUUCGGAGCGAUUCUACUCGGCCAGGUGCCCGAGACCUUCUGCUACCAGGAUGGCAUCAGGACCGGCUCUCAGGAAGUGCACUUUGCCCAGUGCUUUCAGGUGAAGGACGGUCUCUUCACUGAGGUCACGCCGGACUCUGACACUGUCAAAGCCGCACGUCUUCUACCAGGCCACGCGAUCCCAGGACUGUGGGACGGUCACGGCCACCUCUUGGGGUAUGGAGAGUUCCUGCAUUCCGUGGACCUCUUCGGGGCCGAGUCCUUUGACGAGGUCAACCGCAGGAUUUUGACCUACAUCGAUGCCAACCCGGGAGCUGGAAGCUCGACCUCGUGGAUCAGGGGCGUCGGUUGGGACCAGAUGGCGCUUGGAGGCAUGCCCGCGGCGGAAUUCUUCGACCAGGCAGAAAAGCUCAAGGGGGUUUUCAUAAUGGUGGAUCGCGUCGACGUGCACUGCACCUGGGUCUCGCGAGCUGUGCUCGACCUGUUGCCCGCCAACACGCCCACCGAGGUCCCUGGAGGCGAGAUUGUCAAGGACCCGGGCCCGGGCGUCUUCUGCGACAACGCCAUCGACCUGGUGACUCCGCUGUGGCCGCGUCCGGGCCCCGAUGCGCGCCGCCGGUUCAUCCGUUCCGCCAUGCAAAGCCUGCACGCCGUGGGGAUCGUCGGCAUGCACGACGCCGGUGCCACUCCUACGGACCUGGCCCUGUUCCGAGGCAUGGCCGAGGAUGCCGACGCGCAGGGGUGGACGCUACGCGUUUACGCCAUGCUCGAGUGCGAGGAGCGCAACACCGUCUGCCUCGACGCGGCCGCCGCAGCGCGCCGCACGCCCGACGCCGGCGGCGGCGACAUGCUGACCAUCCGCAGCGUCAAGCUCUUCGCUGACGGCGCCUUGGGUAGCUGGGGCAGCGCCAUGCUGGAGCCGUACAGCGACCGUCCCGACGCGUCGGGGUCCCUCUUGGUGAACGCGUCGACCCUGGAGCGCGUUGCGCGCGAGUGGGCCGUCGCCGGCUGGCAGGUCAACAUCCACGCCAUCGGCGAUCUGGCAAACCGCGUCGCCAUCGACGCCCUUUUCGGAGCCCUGGGCGCCACGGCCCCCGUCAACGCGGCCAGCACGGCGCGGCGCCUGCGGGGCGAGCAGUCCCACCGCAGAUACCGGAUCGAGCACGCCCAGAUCGUGCACCCGGACGACCAGUGGCGCAUGCGCCGGCUGGGCAUCAUCCCCUCGGUCCAGCCGACGCACGCCACCUCGGACAUGAAGUACGCCAAGCUCCGCCUGGGCGAGGAGCGCACGGAGCACUCGGCCUACCGCAUGAGCUCGUUCCUCGCCAUCGGGCCCAUCAUCCUGGGCAGCGACUUCCCCGUCGAGCCGGCGGACCCGUUCCAGGGCAUCUACGCGGCCGUGGCGAGGCGCAGCCCGCACACUGGGCGUGGCGCCGACGGCAGCGAAAACCCCUGGUACCCCGAGGAGGCGCUCACGCCGGACCAGGCGCUGGCUGGCUUCACGACCGGGCCGGCGUACGGCGCGUUCCUCGAAGGCAGGGCCGGCGUCAUCCAAAAGGGAGCGCUUGCCGACUGGGUCGUGCUGGACAAGCCGCUGGAAAGUUACGGCAUCGACGAGCUGCGGACGCUCAAGGUCAGGGAGACAUGGGUCGGCGGGCGGAGGGUGUACUCGCGCGACGGGGAUGAGGUGCCCGAGGAGAAGGACGAGCUGUAAUGUGUAUUUUGCGCCUUCAGGCUUGGCCUGUAGACCGGAUGUGCGAAUAUGGCAUAGAGAAAAUCAAACAGCCGCUGGUGCCCUCUAAU